CAGGCUGCUGAUAACUGCGACGAUCCAGCGAAGAAGAUUGUUCACGAAUUCGCCCAUUUGCACUGGGGAAUCGGUGACGAGUACAAGAAGAGCAACCCCAGCGUGCCAGAGUGCCCAGAAGGAAAAGAGAACACCAAGGAUGGCAGGGGCGUCUCCGUCAUGGCCUCGACGAAAGAUCACGCGCACUUUUUCUGUGAUAACCUAGCCAGAGGAGACAAUGCAAGCAGCAGUGUCCUGCACAAUUCCAAUGCUGAUACCAAUCACAAUGAACUGUGCCAAGGUAGAAGUGCUUGGGAGGUUCUCCGCCAGUACCAGGACUUCAGUAACUCGCACACGAAGAAACCCAACACCAGCCUGACCCCUGUGUUUAGGUAUGCUGUCAAGUGUACAGGAGAACUGAAUGUGUUCAUCGUCGAUGUUGCCAACAGAACAACUCGUCCCAAGAAUGCUAACCGAAAACAGCCAAUCAACAAGUUCCUAGGACUUGUGUGGCGUAGAAUUGAAGGACUUUUCAGCACCUCAACAUCGAACUAUGCCAAUGCAGCCAUCAUCACAUAUGACAGCAGCGGCAAAUCUCAGGAUGUCAUCACAAAGUCACCGAAAGUUCUCCUUGCCAACGUGAGGGGAAAGACCCAGCUGGGCAAAGACAUGCUUCAGCUUCGACAUGGUGUGAAUUCGGUGAAUGCAGCAUCACUGGACAAAGCUCUUGAUCUUGCCUUAGACCUGAUGCAGCAUGUUGUGUGGGUAACCAAGCAGACACAUGAAUCAUCCACGCGUCGAGCUAUCGUCAUCAGCAAGAAUCUAGUUUCGCUCAGUUCAUCUCUGUGCAAACCCGUACCGGAAGAUGUGCCUGGGGCGCAACUACUGUUCUUCAGCACGUCUGUGCCUAGAAACGCCAUUCAUCCCUGCAACACGUCCGUCCCAAGGCGAUUCUGCCGUCACAUCCACCACCUGGCCCAUUUCACCAACUACACUGCCCAGUGCACAAGGACAGUGUUUGGAGCGUCUGCCUACAUACCACAGUCACGGGGCACCAGGACAAUCGCGGGCAACAUCAACAUGAACGCAAAGACUGGACGUCCUGCUGCAGGUCGAAUGGAUUACAACAUACAUGUAACUGUGAAAAUUAACCCACCUGCCCGGUUCACGUUAAGAUUUCAGUUCCAGCACUUCGACCCCAAUGAAGUCGGCCGUAAGAUCAACAGGACAAUGAAUGCUACAUUAGACCAUGAUGAGCAGAUAUGGCACAAAGGCUUUGAGAUGUCCAGCUCGCUGGAUGCAGUGGGAUUCAAGCUAGACAUAACAGCGCAUUCACGUCCUGGCACUUACUAUCUUGUUGUUAACGGCACUCCCAAGCUCGGGCUGGCAACAAUGCCGCCGACUCCGAGACGUGCUGAUGACGAGUGGUUCAGGCCACUAUCAUCUUCCAAGAUGGGUUCCACAAGGUCAGCAUGCAACUGCCUCUAGGGGUGACGCUGCCAUAUGCAUCAGCAUACCAUGAUUUCUGAUUGUAGGAGCAUGUACUGUGAAAGAAAAACACCCUUGCUGGAAUUGUACCUGAGAUUUUUUUAAGAGCAUGCGAGGCGGGAAUUGCCAGGUUUUCUAGAACUUUUCAUGAAACUCCAAGAACGAGAGCAGAGAACUGCUAACGUUAGCGCUGAUAAUAAAAUCUGUAGCCAUGGAUAGGAAUACAACAAGGACACCUCUUCGGCUGGAGUUUAGAGAAUCACUGAGAACAUUGCAUCUGGUUUAUAGUCACCCAUUCUUAGAAGUUAGAACCGUGGCAUUAUAACUUCAAUUUAUAAGCAUCCAUUUGCUUUUGGAGGAUCCUUCAAAUAAAAUGAACUGGAAUAACUUUUUAGACACAGCACUACCACUCUAUUAUUUUUUAUGAAUGUAUAUUCAAGUAGUUGCCGUAUUUGACUGUGGUGGUGAUAGACUGAUGGUAGUGAAAUGAAAUGUAUUUUGACGUUUACAUCACGGUAUACUUACAGGCAGGAUAUGAGGGCUCGAUAUAAUAAAUUUGAAUUCCACAUACUCUCUCCAUCUAGUUGUCCCAUUACUGAGUAUAGAGACAUUUGCACGGAGUCUUCCAAUUCGUGAUCAUUGUAUUCAACUUUUAAGUUUGAUAGUUACGGGGAUUUACGUAGUCCACGAAAUUGCACAGCACAUUAUUAUCUGAAGGUAAUGCCGGAUUGCGGUACUGACGUGUCUACAAGCUACAGCAAGAGCACAUGAUUGUAUUGUGCAUGAGAGAGUAACUUUAGUGUUAUUUUCCCCCACCCCGGUUCACAUACUCUUUAAUCAUGGUAGCAGAUCUUACCCGACUACUGUUGAACUAUGUUUUCCUCUACCGGUUACUCAUAUUCUGAUUUGCACAUGACUUUUUUAUUUGAUUGAUGUGCAAUUCUGUCCAUGAUAACUGCACUGAGUUCUGAAAUCUGUUUAUUGCUUAUUUUACUUCACUGUCUACAUAAACAAUAAAUAAUCGUGAG